AUGUCCGUCGAAAAGCUGGACUUACUGUGGAUGGGACAGUCUGCGAUGACCUUUGAGAGCUUUUUUCUGCCGCUCAUGAAGGGAUUCGACGAGAUGCCUCCAGGUCAAACUCCUGCCCCAGCACAUGACCCCUCGACCUCAGCACAUGGCCAUCGUGCUCAGAGUGUGAUCUCUCAGCAUCAGCAACCGAGUCCGGUGGAUUUGCCGGAAGAAGAUCUGGACUGUACAUGCAAGGAUUGUCUGAAAUUCGCUGCCUUCACUGAAGAUCUAGCAGCUAAGAGCGUUAAGUUCUACUUUAGCACUGAGGGUUCGGCUGGUGUUACUGCGUAG